UGGGUGGGACUGGAGAGGGAUGGGAUCAGGCCUGUGGCCAGGACCAUCGGUGGAGGAGGCCCUAGGCACGGCACGGGGGCUCCCGAGGAGUCACCUCACCCAAAAGGUGGACAGGGGGCCACAGAGGUGAAAUUUCCUGUUCUCUCCUCAGGAGUUUCUGAGAGCUGAAGUCCUGCCCCCUCCCACCUGGUGCAUGCUCCAGUCUCCUUCCCUGACCAAUUUAUCAGCACUCUGCCAAGUCUGAAUCUCACUCCCUAACUCCCCCUCCAGGUGCCCCUUUCCCUUCUUAGCCCCUUCCAUCGAUACCACCAGGACCUCUGCUUAGCCACUGCCCUCUGACCUGUCUUCCUCUCACUCCCCUCACCAUGUCUGCCAGAUUUUGAGAAUCAGGUGUAUGCCAAGGCAUAGCCCAGCCCUGGCCCCCUCAGCCUCACUUCUAAAGGGGGAGAUAGGUACAUGGACUCACAUAUUCAUCUGAACACACAGAAAGCUGAGAAUUCUUAGAGGAAGAAAGUCAAUGUGCAAAUGAAAAACAUAAGGAGAGGGACUAACUGUUAUUGAAUACUUCCUGAAUUCUUGGUAUUAAUCUUACCAUCACCUUGCCAGGAAGACAUUACAAGUGCCUCCAUUAUACAGAAGAGGAGUCAAGACUCCGAGAGGCUUAGUGACUGGUCUCUUGGUCAUAUUUGAACCCAGGCCCAUCUGCUCCAAAGUCGGAGUGCCUUCCCUGGCAUAUGUGCAUGUACAUGUUUGUAUUUGGAACUAUGAGAAGAAUAUUCAUCAGAAGGAGGUGGGGAUUUCUGGAGAGGCAGGUUUUAAAGGGUGGAGAUGAUUUUGUAGUAAGGAGGACACUAGGCAUUCUUAGAGGGAGCAGGAUAUCAGGAAAGGCAUGGUGAUGUGGACGUGUGUGUGAAGGGUUGUGUGUGUGUCUGUGUGUAUAGGUGGUAGAAGUUCAGCGGGGGCUGCAGACCCACUGCUGAUUAAGUCAGAGCUGGAGAAAGCAGCCGAGGCACAUGAGUGUGAUCUAAUGGGCGAGGAGGACCCUCUGCUGGGAGGGAGGUGAUGACAAUGGAGGCAGGUUUCUCCAAAGGUUAGGAUGAGGACCUUCAUUGUCACCCUCAUUCAUCUGAAUACCGAUCGCCUUCCAUGUAUUUCCACAUUCUUCGAGGUCCACCUGAUGCCACAGAUUAUUCUCUGCACUGUUCUCUUCUUCCUUCAAAGAGACACACAGUUCCCUGGCUCUGCCCUGCACACAUGCCCAUACUAGCAGAGCAGAUGGGAGGACAGCAUGUCAGAGAGUCAGGUUCAAUGACAGUCACAUUCAGAGGCAGGGAGCCCGGGAGCUGGUUUUUAAUGGGCACCUGCCUGGCUCAACCUGAUUCCCACCUUCCUUCUUGUCGAGAAGUGGAACCCAAUGUGCCAGGCCUCAGGGCAGCUCCCUACAAAGUGCUUCAGGUCAUGCCUUCUGACAGCUUCUUCUUCUCCAUUGUCCGAGACCCAGCAGCUCUGGCCCGCUCUGCCUUCUCCUACUAUAAAUCCACCUCCUCAGCCUUCCGCAAGGCACCUUCCUUGGCUGCCUUCCUCGCUAACCCUCGAGCCUUCUACCGACCUGGGGCCCGUGGAGACCACUAUGCUCGCAACUUGCUAUGGUUUGACUUUGGCCUCCCAUUCCCCCCCGAGAUGAGGACCAAGAGAGGAUAUUCCCAUCUCCCCGGUGACCCCAACCCCCCAGCGCUGCACGUCCUGCCUUCUGGCACUGGCUCUCGAGCCCACACCCUGGAUCCCAAUGCUCUCUUCCCUCCUGCUCCCCCCACUGCUGAUGGUCACAGCCAGACGCCCAGCCCCGCUGCUUUAGACUUGGGGUCUUCAUCCCUCGUCCAGUGGAGUCUGGCCUGGCUGGACUCCGUCUUUGACUUGGUCUUGGUGGCCGAGUACUUUGACGAGUCGUUGGUUCUGCUGGCAGACGCCCUGUGCUGGGGCCUAGAUGAUGUGGUGGGCUUCAUGCACAAUGCCCAGGCUGGAAGUGAACGGGGCAGAAAUGCGGUCAGCGAUGGUGGACUGACCACUGAGGACAGGCAACUAACUGCACGGGCUCGAGUCUGGAACAACCUGGACUGGGCUCUUUACGUUCACUUUAACCGCAGUCUGUGGGCACGCAUAAAGCAAUAUGGCCAGGGUCGCCUGGAGAGUGCGGUGGCGGAGCUCAGGGCUCGCCGAGAGGCCCUGGCUAAACACUGUCUGCUGGGGGGUGAGGCUUUAGACCCCAAAUACAUCACUGACCGCCGGUUCCGCCCUUUCCAGUUUGGAUCAGGUAAGGUUUUGGGCUAUGCGCUUCGGAGCGGACUGAGCCUCCAAGAGCGGGAGGAGUGUGAGCGCCUGGCUACCCCGGAGCUACAGUACAAGGACAAGCUGGAUGCCAAGCAGUUCCCUCCAAAAGUCUCUCUGCCCUUCAAGACUUCAAAGCUACUCGCCCCAUAGGCAUUAGACCACUGAGUAUUAGGUUAAAGAGCAGCUAAGCCACAGGACACGUGACCAUUGUGGGACAGCCAGCUGACAUUUCUGCUUCUCCUGGGAAGCAAGUCUGCCCCCUACAGGAUGACUGGAACGUUGCAUGGAUGUGGGCCCCAAGUCCUCCAGGCUGGGCCAAAGCCUCCGGUUGUUCAGCUCCCAGCAGCACUCCUCCACCCCCCCCCCCCCCCCCCCCCGCCCCCAUGCCCCUUCCCCUUUCCAGCCCCCUGGCAGGUCCAUGUAGCACUCGCAAAGGCUCCCUGGAGGAGCAAACCACGAUUUAAGCCAGAGGAAGUCUGGGACACGGUGGAUUGGAAAUAUCCGUCCAUGUCUCUAUGAAAUGUUUGUUCCUGGGCUACGCUCAUUUCACUAUGAAAAUGUUUGUUGAAUGAAUAAAUAAUUUGAAACUU